GUGACUUACUCUCAUAGCUGCUAAAGAGAAUCUCUUGAAGCUUCUUGUUAAGUUCUUUUAAAGAGACAUGGCACAAACUGGGCUUAGGAUUUUUCUACUCAUAAGCAUACUGCUGCUGGAUCAGACCAUCAGCCAGGCUUCCAAAUUCAAAGCCAGGAAGCACAGCAAACGUAGAGUGAAAGAAAAAGAUGACCUAAAGACCCAGAUUGACAAAUUGUGGCGAGAAGUAAAUGCUCUGAAAGAAAUGCAAGCACUUCAGACAGUCUGUCUUCGUGGGACAAAGGCUCAUAAGAAGUGCUACCUCAUGUCAGAAACCACCAAACAUUUUCAUGAAGCCAAUGAAGACUGCAUAGCCAAGGGAGGGACACUGGCUAUCCCAAGGAAUAAUGAUGAAACAAAUACUCUUCGAGAUUAUGGCAAGAAAAGUAUGCCUAGGGUGUCUGAGUUUUGGUUGGGUAUCAAUGACUUGAUAAAUGAAGGUAAAUUUGUUGAUGUCAAUGGCAUGGUUCUACAGUACUUCAACUGGGAUCGUGCCGAACCAAAUGGUGGGAAGCGUGAAAACUGUGUCUUUUUUUCCCAGUCAUCACAAGGCAAGUGGGUAGACGAAGUCUGCCGUACUGCCAAAAGAUAUAUUUGUGAAUUUCUGAUCCCAUAAUUACAUUUACAAAUUACCAUGACCAUGUUUUGGGUCAUUAACAUACAGUUUUGCUUGUGAGCAACCGCUCCCACUUUGACAGUGGAGAGUUAAAAAUAUCCAUCUCCUGCAUUGUACUCGCUCUUUCCUGAAGCAGAAGUUCUCUCUAUUAAUUUAUUUUCUAUUCAGAUGCUAAAAAUGUUAUUUUUAGUGUGUGCUGUCAUUAUGUACAAGAACAUAUAUUAUGUUUUGACCUACAUUAUAUCAUAUUUUGGCAUAUUAUUUCAGCCUGAUGUUCAGGUUGCUAGCAUUCACUUCCUAUUUCUGUACU